AUGUCGUUUACAUCUCAGACUUAUGAUAGUGAGGUUACUGAUAUUGAUAUAGAUCCUGAACUAUUUGCUCUAAGUCAGACACAGGACUCACGAGACCCUCCAGCACCUGUCAGUAUAUUUGAAUUGCUUAAGAAGCCAGUACCAGAAACAGUACCAGUACCAGUACCACAACCAAAACCACAAUCACCAUCACAAUCAUCAGUUGCAUCUAUACCGAUCCAUAAUGAUACGAAGAUACGACAUACGAGCAGCUUAAUGUCUAUAUUGACAGGAAACAAGAAGACGAAGAAAGAACCAGAACCAGUGCCACAGCCACAAUCUGAACCAGAACCACAACCAGAACCACAACCAGAACCAGUGCCAGUACUCCCAGAAACAGAAGCACACAUAAUCGAAGACGAUUUCGAACUCUCAGUCUCCGACUCUAAGACCUUGCAACUACAACGAGAACACGACGUCCGAGAACUCGAAAGAAAAAUGUAUAAAGACAAUGUCAAGUCCGUUUCUGCCAAGGACUUGUUUGCCAGAUUGAAAAAGAAAGAUCCACCUACACCUACACCUACACCUACUCCAGUUGCUGUAGAAAUUAUAGAUAUAGAAACCACUGAACCAGAAAUUACAGAAAUAAGUAGUACUAUUGAUUUAGAAGCUAAAAUAUAUGGCAAUUCCAAACGAACCUCAGCCAGAGAUAUAUUCAAAUCAUUCAAAUCAUUUAAAGGUCAAGAUAAGCGUUCAUCGAGUUAUUUUGUAACGUUAAAAGUGAAUUCACAAGCAUUAAAAGAUAUUCAAAAGUAUAGUAAUCCAUUAAUUACUAAGGGGAUUCAUUCAGGAACAGGAACAGGAACAGGUUCAAGUGAUUUCUUCACUCCUCCACCAAAAUCUGCAUCAUUAUUUGAUUCUAUGAUGCAAGCAUCAAAGAAGCUUAGUCCAUUACAGAAGUUACGAGAGUUAGAACCUCUUGUUAUAUCCAAAGAUCUCAUGCAUAUAUACUGUGAUGAUGACUUACCCAGAGUCCACGAUUUCCAGACUCCCUGGAAUUUGAAACACUGUCUAGUUACAACUGAACAUGAACAUGAACAUGAACAUUCCGCUAUGGACAGUAUAUUCAAUUCAACCGUCAUUAAUACAACGAAGUAUCAGUAUAAGUAUUCUAUCGAUACUCAAGCAGACAUAAGUCAACUAAUCAAUGAUACAAUCCCGAAUUAUGAAGAAGAACAAGCAUUACUUUCAGUAGUUGACCGAUUCAUAACCCAUAAAGUUCUAAACAAUAUAAGCCAAUUAUGGAUAGACUUGUUUCAACCUGAAAAGCUUACGGAUUUAAUCAUGAGCCAAACCAAUCAAAAUCAUAUUAAGCAUUGGAUUAAUAAUUCCUUUAUUCGAUUGAAAAAUCAGAAUUUAAAGAAUCCUCGAAAUGUCUUAUUAAAGCAAAGGAAAAGGAAAGAUAAACUUAGUAAUAACUUUAUCAUUGAUGAUAAUUUGUUCUAUGAUGACGAUGAAGAAACUGAUGAAGAUAUCUUUGUACCAUUAUUAAUUCUUGAAGGAUCCAGUGGGAGUGGGAAAUCCACUUCUAUUUAUACUGCUAUGAAAGAAAUUGGAGGUUAUGUUCAUGAAAUUAAUAGUGGAGUUCAUCGAGGUAGAAAAGAUAUCUAUAAUAGUUUAAAAGAAUUCUGUACUACCCAAUUAGUUCAUCAACAAAAGAGUCAAAAGGAAUUUCAAUUAGGUUUAGUAUUACUAGAAGAUGUAGAUAUAUUAUUUGAACAAGAUAAGAAUUUUUGGCAAACCGUGGGGGAUAUUCUAAAUAUUUCAAGAAAACCUUUAGUACUUACUUGUGAAAGUAUUCAAUCAAUUCCUAAGAAUAUUCUUGAUUAUACCUUAGAAGAUGAUUCAAUAAUUCGAAUUAAUGAUAAUCAAGUGAACCCCCAAUUAAUUCAGAAUUAUCUAUGGUUAUGUUGUUUAUCUCAAGGGUAUGAUAUCGACAAUGAAUUAAUUAUUAGUAUAAUGAAUAAUAGUUAUAAUGGAAUUAAUUAUGAUCUUCGAAAGUGUCUUAUGGAAUGUCAAUUUAUGUGUGAGAUUCAUUCUCCAUGUGAAACGGGGAUAAUUCAUAUAAGUCCGAAUGAUUCUGAAUCAAUAGAAUUCAAUGAUGAUGAAGAUUUAAUAUCUAUAGCCAAUCAAAUCGAUUGUGCAUCAGCUGGUGAUACCAUAUCUUCCAAUUCAUUUUCUGUAUUCAAUCAUAGAGUUGUCGAUAAUGAAUUGCCGGAGAUUUGUGAUAUUGAUGAGACUCGUUAUUUACGGCAUCCAGCAUUACCGACAGAAUUAAAUAUAGGUAACCAUUUAAGCACUAGUUUAAAUUUAAAUUUAAAUAAUUCUAAUUCUAAUCUAGAUUUAGAUUUAUCUUCACCUACCCCCAAAUUCUCCUAUAAUUACUUAAGAGAUAUAGUUGUGGAAUUUAUAGGAUCAAGAUCUAAGAGACUUCCUAAACUUAUGCAAGAUUUACAAACCACGAGAAGAUCGUUAAGAUCAAGAAAUAGUCCUUAUGAUGAUAGAGAUACUACAAGUCCUGAACCUAUUUCAAGAAUCUCAGAUACUUCAUUUUUAAACUACAUAACUCCUAAUAGUUUAGUGGUGGAUUUAUUACCAUAUUGUAGAUAUUUAUCUCAAUUCCAAUUGAUUCUAGAUGAAAAGGAAUUAGAACAAUUAUCUCAGGGUUAUAGUAGUGUCAAACGAUUUCUCAAUUAUCGAGAUUUCCAAAUUAACAGUCCAGCUAUUCGGAAGACAUUUCCCCAGUCAUUACCAUAA